AUGUGUGUGACCAUGGGGGACAUCAGUGACCUGGACAGACAGAUCGAGCAGCUUCGGCGCUGUGAACUCAUCAAAGAAAACGAGGUCAAAGCACUAUGCGCCAAGGCCAGGGAAAUUCUGGUGGAGGAGAGUAAUGUACAGAGAGUGGACUCUCCAGUAACCGUAUGUGGGGAUAUCCAUGGCCAGUUUUAUGACCUAAAGGAGUUGUUUCGAGUUGGCGGUGACGUUCCUGAGACAAACUACCUCUUCAUGGGUGACUUUGUGGACCGGGGGUUUUACAGCGUGGAGACAUUCCUGCUACUAUUAGCACUCAAGGUGCGGUACCCAGACAGGAUCACACUCAUCCGAGGGAACCACGAGUCCAGGCAGAUCACGCAGGUGUAUGGAUUCUACGAUGAGUGCCUCCGCAAGUAUGGCUCAGUUACCGUGUGGCGGUACUGCACCGAGAUCUUCGACUACCUGUCCCUCUCUGCCAUCAUUGAUGGCAAGAUAUUCUGUGUGCACGGGGGACUUUCUCCUUCUAUUCAAACUCUGGACCAGAUCAGAACCAUCGACAGGAAGCAGGAAGUGCCUCACGAUGGCCCUAUGUGUGACCUUCUUUGGUCUGACCCAGAAGACACCACAGGCUGGGGGGUGAGCCCGAGGGGUGCUGGGUACCUGUUUGGCAGCGAUGUGGUGGCCCAGUUUAACGCGGCCAAUGACAUCCACAUGAUCUGCAGGGCCCAUCAGCUUGUCAUGGAGGGAUACAAGUGGCACUUCAACGAGACUGUGCUCACUGUGUGGUCGGCGCCCAACUACUGCUACAGGUGUGGCAAUGUGGCGGCCAUCUUGGAGCUAGACGAGCACCUGCAGAGGGAGUUCAUCAUAUUUGAGGCUGCGCCCCAAGAGACCAGGGGCAUCCCCUCAAAAAAGCCAGUGGCAGACUACUUCUUGUGACCGCUCACCCCAUAGGAGAACAUAUGCCCCGAUAUUGACCGUUGACCCUUGGGCCAGACAAUGUCAACCCUGUUCUCGCAGUGCCGCAGGUACUGUAGGAUUCUGUGUCAACAAGGUUGUCUACAUUUAACACACCUGGUCUUCCAGGUCGCUUACCUCAUCAAGAUGAAGUGCCUGCGGCACUCCAGGACCCGGGUUGUCUAGCCCUGCCAUUGGCACAUCUUGAUUUCCCACUGGAGAGCUAACGGGGCUGUCAGUAUGAGGAAUAUGGCAAAAAAUAUAUUCCACCUAGCUACCUUUCUUCGUCCUCUAUCUGAUGGCAAGGCAAAGAUAUUUCCAUGCCGUUUAUGUUUUGGUUGGGGGAAACAGGAAGUGUCUAGUGGUACGCUGUGCGUCCGCAUGAAACUGGGGCCCAAUGACUGUUUUUAUGGCUGCCACUGAGCCAUUUUCUUUCUCCUCCCCUUAUUAACUUCACCGCUCAUUGUUAUUUAGUUGUUUGAUAUUUGCCGCUCCUGAAUCUUGUAGUAUUUUUUUUUUUAUUACUUAAAAAUAAAUUUGAACAAUGUCCUAUAGGGGUACUGUAAAGGAGUUGAAAAUAAAUCUCAAUCUCUAGAUAGAGGAAAUUAACCCAGUUUGAGUGGUAUUUUCCAUAUGGAUCCUUUCUAAAUUUUAUUUUUCUUUUCUUUCUUUUUUUUAACAUUUUAUUAUACAUUUUUGUUAAACUGUUGUAGAGGAAUUGCAUUCAAUCUUCUGUUAGCUAUUUUCAGUUUCCUUAUUUUCUUGUCUUUCACUGUCUUCAAACACUGCUCCUAUUCUAAAUGGCAUCUAUAAUCUUAAACAAAAAAUAAACCUUUUACACACA